UACUAGAUUUCGUGCGUGUGCAGUAAAAUCAGAAACGCAUGCAUCUCAAAUUUAAGCACAAAAAUCAUAAUAAUUUUAAUGCUAUUGAUAUAUUUAAUGCAGAAGGCGACACAUAUUGCAAAUGUAUAUAGAAAGAAAAAUUUGCAGUUAUUUAAUAUACAUUUCAAUGCAUAUUAUUGGUUUUCUCAGUUUUAAAUUGUCUCUAAAAGUAGAGGGUCUAGGAGCACCCUUUAUGAUACAAAUGUGAGAUGAGACUUCACUGAGAUCACAUUUAACGCGCAUGCGUAAGGAAAUGCCUGCGUUCUACGUCUCGCGAAAACAGCAUUGCGUUCUACGUCUCGCAAAACUUAUUCGGCAAUGUCAUUCGGUGGCCAAGUGAUGCAAUCGAUCGAGACACGUAAUUUCGUGAGAAUGCGCGCAAUAGGAUACAAAAGUGCGUUUCGCGAAAUAAUAAAACGUGGAUAGGGACACGGAGCGACGAAAAACAGUUCAUAUGUGUUCAAUAUCGCGACUGGCGUGAUAUUGAACGGAAUUAAUCACCGAGCGAAACAUACAAGUCUAUCAACCGAGCAGGAGAGACCUUUCAGAGAAGGUUACAAUGCAUUGGAAAUUACACUUUGAAUUCGUCACUGCUCGGAUGACAUAUGCAAAGUUGAAGGAAAAUUCUCUAAAAAUUCGAUGAAUUAUAUCAGUUGGAGCAGAAUUAUCAAUUGAAGCUGAAUAUGAACUACUCUUUUCAUCGAGGAUAUAUGAAACAAUCUAUUAAAAGUGGGAGCUCGGAGAAGCGCUUUAUUGAAGAAUGCGAUAAAUUUUAAUGAAAGGAGCUUAUUCUAUUAAAAACGAUGCCUAGAUACAAAUAGAUAUACGGGUCGCACACAAUCCAUGUAUUUUGAUUACUAAUUAAUGCAAAUGCAAGGGAACAGCAUUAAAUAUAAUUGCUUGCAAUUAAUUGCCUUGCCAGCAAUUUAAAAAGUCAAAUAAAUGUUUCUCAGAGUAUUUUGAAUGAUCAAAUAAUUCGUACAGAUUAUUUGUGAUAGAAUGUUGCAAUUCUAUGUGAGAUCAAACAGCGAAAAAGAUGAAAUCAUCUUCAUGCAAUGUGCUUUGUUGUGACACAACAUAUAUCGAAACAAUAAUAUGCAAAGGCAGCAUAGUCAAAUACGACGAUUUUGACAAUUAACGGACCACAAAAUGCGAAUAAUGAAUUUUUGGCGAAGCGUCGCUAAAACAAUGAAAAAAUCGUAUUUCUUCGUCAAUCUGAUCGUUGCAUCGAUCAUGAUAAUCUGCAUCUACCUCUUAGCCUCUUAUGGCGACUUCAAAAUUCAGGACAUAUUUCUCAAAAUGUCAAUAGUUCACGAAGAGAAUUCUACAGACAAAUUAAUCAAGGCAGAGGAAUAUAGAAAUAAAAGCAUAAAAACCAUUCUUCUGUGGAAUACGAUGUUCGGUAGAAGAGAUUUUUAUUUUGGAGAAGGUGAUAUUUUUCAUAAUUGUCCUAUCAAUAAAUGCAAAAUCGUUAUGGAGCGAGAUUACUUAAAUAUCGAAGAGUACGACGCCAUUUUUUUUCAUGGAAACGAACUGACUGAAUACGACUUGCCAUUGAAAAGAGAGAUGAAACAAUUUUACGUGUACGUUAAUUUGGAAAGUCCAGCCAAUAGAGCGAUACCUUAUAAGUUCUACGAGGAUUACUUUAAUCUCACGAUGACAUAUCGUCUCGACAGUGACAUACCGUGGACUUAUAACAUCAUAGAGGAUAUAAAAACUGGCAAGUUCGUCGCACCUUCAAAAGAUGUUGACUGGAAGGCGUCUAUAAAUUAUACAAGUGUAGAGAAAUCGACGGACGAGAUAUCGUCCACGAUAUUGGACAUCGUCAAGGGUAAGAGCAAGCUGGUAACUUGGUUUGUAAGCAAUUGCUACGCCAAAAGUGGCCGGAUGGAGUACGUGCAGGAGCUGUCGAAGCACAUAGGCGUCGACAUUUACGGCAGAUGCGGUACAUUCAACUGCAACAGUGGCCGGAACUGUUUUGGCGACGUAAUCGAGCCCAACUACUUUUUCUACCUGUCUUUCGAGAAUUCCUUCUGCGACGAUUACGUGACGGAGAAGCUGAUGAACCCGCUCAGGUAUAAUGUCGUCCCAGUAGUUUACGGAGGCGCCAACUACAGUCAGUUCGCACCACCGAAUUCCUACGUGAAUGCCUUGGACUUCGAAAGUCCGAAGGAACUCGCCGCGUACUUGAAAUAUCUCUCUCAAGAUCUGCGGCGAUAUCAAAGCUUCCUAGAAUGGAAGAAAUAUUAUCGAGUCAACGUGGCAACAAAACGAGCCGUUUGCAGACUUUGCGAGGUGUUGCAUAAGCAAAAAGAGCCGAAAAUAUAUUCGCCCUUAUCAGACUGGUACGCGAAAGAUAAAUGUCCUAUUCAAACUCGUUUGAGUGAUAUUAAUAAAUACGCGACGAAAAUUACACUAAUGAAUCGUAAAUAGAAUUAAGUUGUAUAAUUGGAACACAGAAAUGAAUAAUGUAUCAACCGUUAUGGAGCGCCCUGGGGUCGAUUAAAUUGAUGCGAGAUUCUACAUAUAAAUAUGAUACAUUUAUUUAUUUACGUAAAAAGCGAUGUCUACUGUACUUUCGAUUGGCUAACUAUUUUGAUAUUAAUUUUUACAUUAUUGAACAGAAAUCUUGAGAUAUGUA